GAGAAUUCUACGAGAACUUUUUUUGUCCAUCAAAAGAAUCUUGAAAUUAAAUGGGAUAAAAGGGAAUUUGACUGUGCAUUUUUCUAAAUCCAACAACUGGGCUUUUCUGAGUACUUGUUACUGGCAAAACUGAUUAAGGUCUCUCUGGGCAGUCCGGUAAAUUUGGACCCAUGGUUAACAAUCUUUUGCAAACUGUCCUUCUUAGCACUUAGACCACAGACAUCGAUAUAUAUAAUCAUGUCUGAUUGGCAUUUAUCCAAAGUUUGAAUACUAAAAAUUGUGUUUACUAGUUACUGCACGUGUUACAGUGUUAUUACAUGCAUUCUUACAUUAUUGACAGAGCAAAUUAUUUUUACACAGAGAUUCAAGGACAAUAUAGCAACCUAGCUGUAAGGGAAGUUGUUUUGAGGAAAUCGAAAUCAGGACUGUUUUCUUUUGACUUGAUAGACCUAUUCCCUAUAACGAUGUCGCCUGGUUUAACAAUCAGGGGAAAUAUAAAAGGUGUACAUGCCCCAUGACCUAUCACCGCCGUGUGGACAGUCACAGGAAAUCUCGAGCGGCGGAAGCUGAUUUUUAUUGGGGUGCAGUGCCCUUUAAAUGAAGAAGGGUAGUAUUGUAGAAGGACUCUGGAGAAACGAUCGAAGUUUGGAGGGAACACCAAAGUUCUUAGAGGUUUGAUGCUGUCUGCCUUGUGCGUCUUAUGCAAUUGCAAAGCUCUUGCUAAAAAAACAACUUUCUUGGAAUUGACAGGACACCCAACUGGCAACAAUGGGAGCAAAGCUUGUGCUGUUGAUUGUCGUCGCUUUCUCGGGUCACUGCGCUUGGGCGUUACAAUGCUACCGUUGUGCGUCGUUCAUGCUCCCCGGGACAUCUUUGUCUAACCAGGGAGAAGCCCGCUGCGGGGAUGAUCCACCUCCUGAUGAGUUCAAAGCUGACUGUACCGGGGCAACUAGCGGAUGUAUAACCAUUGCAGGGGCAUUCCAGGCAACACGAGAUGGGGCUGAUCUGAACGUCAACAAUGCAACGCUCAGGACCUGCGCAAACGUGGGCAUUGUCGAUUGUAAAUACGGAUUGGAAGCCAAUUUUGAUGUCGUCUUCCUACUAAGACUCGGAAAUUCAAGUGUCUUUGACGGUAAGAUCUGUUCCUGCCGAGGCGACAGUUGCAACGGUGGUGAUAUUGAUAACGGCGGGGGCGAUAGUGGCAACGGCGGGGGCGAUAAUGGGAACGACGGGGGUAAUAAUGACGGUGGCGGGGGCAGUGCAUUGCGCCCUCUAUCGGCCAUUCUCGCCCUUGCCGUAGCAGCUAAACGUGUCAUGAUGUAGACUCUGACGAGUAUAGUACCAACGAGGCCACAGCGAUUACAUGUUUUAUUUUCCUACUUCGGUCUAGGGGAACUAUGUAAAGCUGAAGUUGACGCUUGAUUACAAUUGUCAUUAUAACUAUUAUAAUCGUCUAUAGAGUUUUUAGAUGGGGUUAUGAUCGAGAAUAAGCUUCAUGAGGCCUCUAUGCACUCCCAUAUA